AUGAGUUUCCCAAAACGCAAACAAACGGGAACUUUAUAUCCUUGGUCCCAAAGGAAACUCUCAAUUUCUAAUCCAUUUCCUCGUUAUGGUCAUUCUGCAAGUCAAAAUGCCAUAAAUAAUGAACUCUUUUUAUUUGGUGGAAUCGCUAGGGGAAAACUUAGAAACGAAGUUUUUACCGUAGAAUUUAAUACUCUUAACGUUCUUGCCUUCGUUACUUCGGGUGAAGUACCUUCGCCACGAAGUGGUCAUACUCAAGUAAACUUUGGAACAAAUAUAAUUGUUUUCGGAGGAAUAACCAAUGAAUUGACGAAUAAAUCCGAUGAAAAUUUGUAUAUCCUUGACACCGCAUCAAAGGUAUGGAACGUUUCCGAACAUGAAAAUCCUCCAUUAUCACGUCAUGGACACUCGGCGACCAUUAUCGGAGGAAAAAUGUAUAUCUUUGGUGGUCAACGUGAAGGAAAAUACUUGAACGAUUUAAUUUCUUUUGACAUCAAAUCUCGACAAUGGGAUGUUAUUGUCCCACGUGAUCAAUCACCACACGGUCGUUCCGGACAUAUUUCAUAUGCGUAUAAAGAAAAAAUUUACAUAUUUGGUGGAAUCGAUGAAAAACAAUGCUAUAAUGAUACAUGGUGUUAUGACACUUGGAACAACACAUGGACAGAAUUAUUAUGUACCGGAUAUUUUCCACUCCCACGUCAUGAUCAUGGUUCCACUAUGGUUAAUGAUAUAAUAUAUAUUUUUGGUGGUAAAACUUAUGAGAAAAAAGAACAAGGCGAUUUGGCUGCCUUUCGAAUAAGUGAUCAAAGAUGGUUUAUGUUUCAAAAAAUGGGACCUGCCCCAUCCUCGCGAUCUCGACAUACGAUGACUGCUGCGGGGGAUAAAAUUUUAGUACUUGGUGGUGAAUCUAUAAGCUCACCUAAACCUGAUGAAGAAGGAAUAAUACACGUACUCGAUACAUCAAAGAUAAAAUACCCAUCGGUAUCACAACAAGCGAUUCCGCAGCAAAUACAACAGGGAUCGCAAAGAAAACAAAAUUUUCCACAAGCUCAAAAAUUAUCGCCUAAAGAACUUUCUCCAAAUCUAAUUGAUAAUAAUGGAAGUAUGCGACUGAAGCAUAUAUUUCCCACAUCAAGACAAAGUUCAAUUUCAAAUUCACGUAGUGAAGAUGAACAACCUUCUCGUUCAAUAAGUCCUUAUGGUUCUCCGCGGAUGCCACCAGAAAACACGGGAGGAGGAAUGAAUUCUUCAAUACCUCCUGGUCACAUUCCUUUACAGCAACAGCAAUUACAACAACAAAUUCCAACAAGGAGAAGCCCGCAGCCUCAUUAUCAAAAUACGUUACUAACUCAACAAGGAUAUCCAAAAAGUCCCGCACUUCAGGGAACACCGUCUUCAAGAGGAAUGUCCGCUUAUGACGUUAACGCAAUUGCAAUGUCAAAUUCAAAGGGAAACCCUCCCGAACAGAUAAUUUAUAUGGAACGUUCAACUUCGCCCCAAUCACGUUCACAAUACGGAAACGCUGAAAGUCUUCGGAAGAAAACGCCUUCCCCACUUGCUAAUGUGAUCGAUGAAAUCCCAAAACAACAACAAAAUAAUGAUAAUAAUCUUCAGAAUCAAGGAGGUGCCAAGAAGCAAUUUGAAAAUCCACGUCAAGCUCCUCGGCCUCCUAACCCAAAUAUGAAUAACGUGGAUAAUCAAAGUAAAUCGGCACCAUAUAGCGGUUUGUCGAGCGAUAAAGGAAAUAAUACCGGAGGGUUGUCAUCACCAGCGUCCAUAAACGUUAAUACGAUGCCUCCAAGUCCGAUGUCUUAUGAAGAAGGGAAUUCUAUGUCGUCAACCAUCACGAAUAGUCCCUUUGAAGUCUCCGAUACCGUUGAUCAUUCUCCGGCACGAAUCGAACGUGACGAUUUGAUGCGCGAAUUACAACAGCGCGAUCAAAUUUUAGCUGCGUUUAAAAGGCGUGAAAUGUGGUUUAGAACUGAAUUGACUUUAGCUAGAAAAUCCGGGUAUACCCCGGAAAUAAUGAAAUCAAAAGUGCUUGUAGCAAAUCAAGCUCAAAUUUCAUCUCAAAAAAUUACAGAAUCCGAACGAGCGCGUACUGCUGCAUUACAAGAAGCAGCAUAUUUCAAAGCCAAAUUGACAGCUAUAAUGAAUUCAUCAGAAUCAAAGUUAGCAAGCAUUGAAGUAAAGCGUGCUAAAGAUCUUGAAAAACGUUUAACGCAAGCAUUAACUGAGAAAGAAGGUAUACAGAAUAAAUACACGCAAUCACAGCAGAGGUUAAAUUAUGAAACCGCUAUCAGGCAAUCAGCUGAGGAACAAACGAAAGUCGCUACAAUUCGUGCUGAAGAAGCCGAAGAAGCCCAUGCACGUGCUUUAUCAGAUCUCGCAACUCUACAUUCUCGUGCUACCACAGCCGAAACUUUACUAAGAGAGACGAGAACGAAAUUAGCUGAAACCUCAGCAGAUUUAACGCAAUACCGUUCAGGAAAUGAUAGCAUUCUGUCACAAUUAAAUAAAUCUCAGCAGUCCGUCGAACAACAUCAACGAGCGCUUGAAAAAGCAAAUAACGCUCUUAAAAUCGCUAAUGAAAGAGCGAAUGAAUUUGAAAAGUUAUGGAAACAGUCAUUGCAAGAAAUUCAGAUAUUAGAAAAAGAAGCCGCGAGUCUGCGCGCUGAACUUGAUGUUAAAAUGAAAGAUUUAGAUCGUUCAAAAGCAAGAGCCAUUGACAUGGAAAGGUUACUAGAUAAAGCGCACAAAGAAAACGAUACGAUGAGAGCAACCAUACAAGAAGGGAUGAAUAAUUUAUUGGAUAAUUCCUCAAAAUCGAAUUCAGACAUAAGUGAUUACGUAAAUGUUACGGAUAAACUUCAACUUGUUGAACAAGAACUUUCCGAACUUAAAAUAAUACAUGCUGAGACACAGAGGUUUGCUAAUGAUGCCUCAGCCGAGUUAUCGGAUGCCAAGGUUAAAAUUAUGCAAUUAGAAUCGUCCGCCAUGAAAGCUCGUUCAGAAUCUGCGCAAUUACAACGUAGGUUGGGAGAAAGCAAUGAUGAAAUUAUGAAGAUAAAGGUGCGUUUAAGGGAGAAAGAACGAAUCUUGGACGAAAAGGCUCUUGCUCUUGAAGAUUCUGAAAUUAAAGCUGGAAUGAUGCGUGAUGUCAUGACCGAAAGAGGAAUAUUAUUCGGUAACCUAUCAGGAAGUCAACAAGAGUCAACGCCAAUGCAAUUUAGAGAAAUAGAAGCACGUUGCAAGGAAUUAGAGAAUAUGCACGCUAAAGCACAAGCAGAACUCGCAAAAUAUAAGAAUGCAUUACAUAAAGCCAAUGAUGCAGAACGAGGGUCAAAGAGCUUAACAUCGAACAUUUUAAGUACUUUAGCAUUAGAGGAUAAAUUGAGAGUUACCGAGAAGCAGUUAAAUGAGACUCAACGACAGCUUGACGUCGCUAGGCAAAAAUUGAAACAAUUAGAUACGGAUUAUAAGACCGCCACGCAUUACGUUAAAGGAACCGAAAAAAUGUUGAGGAGAAUGAAAGAUGAAUUAACAAAGAAUAAAUCAGAAAGUUCAAAGUUAAAACAACAAUUAUCAACCGCACAACAUCAAAAUGAAGAUUUAGAAGAUAAAAUUACUGAACUUGAGAACCAAAUGUCACUACAAAAUGGUUAUCGUGCUUCAAGGCAAGAAUUUGCAAAUAUUAAACAAAUAAUUAUACAACGCGAAGAAUUUUUAAAGGAAAAGGAAGAGAUGGAAAAAAAGAUUUCAGAAUUAAGUAAACAAGUUGAACAUGCUAACGAGGAGAAAUCUAUGUCUGAUCAAUCGUAUGAAGCCUUGAAAAAGGAAUAUGAUCACAUACGUAAAGAGUAUAAAUUUUUACGUCAAACUGGUGAUUCACUAAAAGAACAAUUCUCCAGAGCCAGUAAAGAAGUUAAAGUGCUGAAAGAUGAAUUAGAAGAAACCUUAUCACUAAAUGAACUUUUAAAUCAACAACUUGAUGAAGCUUUAAAAAAUAAUGGUCACAUAAAUGAAAAACGAUUUUCCGCAAUAAAUCGUGAACACCUUGUGAAUGAACAACACAAAUGGAAGGCACAGAAAGAAUACUUUGAACAACAAAUCAACCAACUUCAAAAUGACAAUGUUGAAUUAGGCAAUAAGUUACAUUAUUCAGAAAACAAAAUAACUUUGCUAUUAGAUCAAGUGGGAACGUCAGUUGAAAUGAAAGAAAGUCAGAGAGAUUCAGGAAUAAUAAACGCUUUAACAGAUGAAUUAGAUGUUCUAAAAUCACAAUAUAAAAUUUCGGAUAACGAAACUAAUAAUAUGAGUGAAUUAUAUAAGGCUUCACAAUUAGAAAGGUUUGAUGAAAUAAUGGCAACUUUGGACGCAGUACAGAAAGCUUCUGUCGAAAGGAGUGAAAUUAAUAACUAA